CCAGUUAGAAAACGGUGGUCGAUCCAACCAGUCCGAUAUUUCAGUUGGGAAGCCAGAAAGAAAAAAAAAACGAUGGCCAUGAGAGAAUACAGCCUGUGUAUGAUUGUGAUAGCAGCAUUCAUUGCCAGCCAGCUGGACAGCACUUUAGCCCUCCAGUGCUAUUCGUGCACCUCGACGACGAAUGACACUGGAAAUUGUUUAACGAGUCCAUCUACUCAAACUUCCACAGCCUGUGAAACUGAGUGCUAUACUCAAAUUACCGCAGGAACCCUAACUCGUGGCUGCUUGACUACUGGCACUGCGUGCACCUUACCAUCCUGCUCGACCUGCAACACAGACAACUGCAAUGUGAAUUUGGUGUGCCAGGAGUGCCUCGGCGAAGAGAAUUGCGCCACGACCAACGUGACGCUUACGCAAUACAAUGCAGUGUGCCCCAAAAUUGGCCAGGUCUGCGUGAAUCAGUUGAAUGGCAACCAGGUGACCCGUCAAUGUGGUGACCCCUGUGCUGCUGGAACGGAAUCCACGUGCUCCUCAUGCGCGGCAUCCCUUUGCAAUGUGGGACUAUUCCCCGCCAAUCGUCGCCAGUGCUAUAAUUGCACAGGAGAGAACUGCAAUGCGGUCUUAAAUACCUUGGUCGCGGGAUGUAGUCAAAUCGAUGCCGGGUGCUUCACCACCGGAACGUCUGCGAGCAACAUGACCCGUGGCUGCACAUCGGCCACCACGGAAAUCAAGUGUGCGUCGGGCAGCACCGAUCCCAGUUGCCUCGUCUGCAAUUCCGACUUUUGCAAUAGUCCGACCUACGAACGGGAGGCCGGUUCCUGUAUCAUUUGCGAGAACUGUGCGGCGCAACAGGUUGCAACUGAUGCGAAGUCCUGCGGACAGGCCAAGUACAAUCAGGAAGUCGGGUGUUAUACCAUGACCUCGGGAACCAAUGUUAGCCGAGGGUGCUUGAACACUUUGGAGUCUGGCUGCUCCACAACCAAUGCCUGCACUUCCUGCUCCGAAAAUGGCUGCAAUGUGGCUGCCGGCGAGUUCAAGUGCAUUACAUGCAUCUCCAAUGAGGUUACCGGCUGCUGGUCGGCCAGUAGUCCGGACACGCUCCCUGUGGUCGACUGCCCCAAUGGAACAUGCUACAGCGGAGUCUGGAAUGAACUUGGAGUGCGAGGAUGUUUUACCGCUGCCAGCCUACAGAUGCAGUACCAGUGCAACGCCAAAGUGGAGGUUUAUCAGUGCGAUACGUGUACGGAGAGCAUGUGCAACAAGUUACCCUUCAAUGGAGCAGGCGCACUCAGGCAUGUGGGCGUGGUCGGGAUGCUGAUGGGAGUGGUGAUCGCUCUACGCAGUGCCCUGUAAUCCUGCCACCUCCACGUAGUUGGAUGAUCCAACCAAAUUACCGUGUGCCUGGGUCUAUGAGUAAUGUUAACUAUUACAAAGCAACAGACAAAAACACAUAACCUAAUUAUAGGAGCUGAAGCAUUUUAAGAAUACUUGCAUAAUCCCAAAUAAAUCAUUUUAAUAAAACAAA